UUACACAGACAUAAUUGUACUAAGUGUAAAAAAAUGUAUAAACAAUGGCUAUCAUCAAAAUAUAACUAAAAAUAUAUUUAUUCUUUAUUUAGGAAUUUAAGUUGUAUGUAAUAACUCUAUUCAGCCAUUUUGGCCUUAGCCGGGUUUAACGAUUAUAUCAGUGGGUUCUGUGCAAAGCGGUGAUUAUCAAUCAGAUGUCUGCUUAUUUUUUUAUUAGCAAAUGUUUGAUGAGGUAUAGAUGCCAAGAAAAAGGAAGCCUUCAAUAAAUUUAUCAAAGAAUAAUGGGCAGAGAGACUCAGAUUGGACUAUUUACGACUGGAGCGAACGGGAUGAACUUUUUUGUGAAAUCAAAACCAAAGGUAGUUAGGCGUUGGAGAGAGGAAACGCUUAAGCAAUUUGUAUACGGUAACCAUGGUAGAAAUUGCUAUAUUAUCCGCAUGAACUUCGAUGGGAGAUAUGGCCGGAUGGUGAUGAUACAGAUGACCGAAGAUAAUACAGAUGAGAUAGAAAAAUUCCGAUGUGGGUUGUUGCUUCAAGGCGAAGACUCAAUAACAGAAUAUUAUUCAGAGGUGAAGAGAUGUAACGAUGUUGUCAAGCUCUGUAAAGAUCACCUUAAAAAUGUGUUCAUUAACGAAUUAGAAAAUAAGAAUUCUGUUUUAAUAAAAUUUGGAUAUAAUCAUCCUCUUGAUAUAACGAUCCAUGCCAAUCCAGAGAGGAGAUCAACAGCUCAAAAGAAUUUUGCAGAGGUCAAAGGGUUGGAAGCCACUUUUGGCAUCGAGGUGGAUCAAUCGGCAAGCGAUGGUGUAGAAGCUAAAGUUGCAGGUUUAAGUAACAGCAUUUUGAGGAAAAUGGUAAUAAAAAUGACAUCACUUGUAGUAAAUCACUCUCCAAACGAUGGUUCUAGUUUAUCAGAAUGGUUCUCCGAAACUUCUCCUAAAUUCGACCAACGCUACCAUAAAUUUGAGAAUUUAAAAAUGUUGUGUGAAUCACGAUUAAUUUCAUUUAUUUGUUUGUGAUAAAGAAAAUCAAAGCACAAUUCUGUGUGCAAGUAUAACAAACAUAUUUCGUCCAAUACUCCAAUAAGACGAAACCCUUUUUCUUCUAGGUUGAUCAUUCCGUUAUUGAUAUCGCAUUUACAAAAUAACGUUUUACAUUCUCGUGAGAAAUGAAUUCAUGAUGGACACAAAAUCUAAUUAU